CGCUCCUAGUGCAGAAGAUAAGAGGAAAAGGGAUGCCGUAGGGACAUGUUAUCCAAUUAGUUAAACCUGAAUUUUUUAAAGAGGGGUGAAGACAAAGAGGGAGGGAUAGAGCAAGGAGUGUGUAUGUGAGAGAAUGGUCACAAGUUGCAGACAAGAAUUUCCAAACUUGUCAACUGCAGAUGACAAAAGCAGUGUCCUCUCGAGAGAAUAAAUCAGACUCACGGGACACCACUGGAAGCUGAAGUUCACUUGAGCACAACAGCAUUUUAAUCAUGGAUCCUGUCUCUCUGUGGUCCUACAUGGCCUUCAUUUUAUUGGCACAUGGCAUUUCAGCAAGUCCUAUACUGGACCUCAAAGAUCCUUUGGAAGAUGGGUUACCUUUGUUUGAUGAAGUCUUUUCAGAUCAGGAUGGAUAUGAUUUUAAUUCCUUGCGGGAGACCAUGAAAGACGACAUCCUGAGGACCCUCAACCUCUCUGGCAUCCCAAUUCAACCACCUGUAAAAGUGGAUCCUCCAGAAUACAUGUUGGAACUCUACAACAGAUUUGCAAAGGACAGAACAACCAUGCCUUCUGCUAACAUUGUACGAAGUUUCAAAAAUGAAGAUUUUACCAUGCCCUAUAGUGAUGCAAUGGGGGUAAGGAGGUACCCUCUGCUGUUCAAUGUGUCUAUUCCUCAACACGAGGCGUUAAUCAUGGCGGAACUCAAGUUAUACAUGAUGGUUCCAAGGGACAGGAUGUUGUUUGAAGGAGUAGGCAGGAAAGUCACGGUAUAUGAAAUAUACAGUGAGGGAGAGGAUACCAUAAGGGCUGUGGAGCUUGCUUCCAGACUUUUAUACAAAACCAGCAGCGAGUGGCAGAUGUUUGACAUCACAGAGGCAGUACGCCGCUGGAGCAGGUCAGAAUUUGCAACUCACAGGCUAGAAGUGCAAGUGCAGAAUCCUGACGUUGAUCUUGAAGGUUCUGGAGAAAGAAAUCUGGAUAUUGAAGUGAGACCAGAAAGCAAGCAUGAGCCUUUCCUUGUUGUCUUUUCUGAUGACCAGAGCAGUGACAAGAAGGAGGAAAAGGAAGAGCUGGAGGAAAUGAUUAACCAUGAGGAGGGACUUGAUCAGGAGAGCAGAGAAGAUAUUGGCCUGGGCAACGGUCUAAGUGAAGAAUCAUUGCUGCAAAUGAGGUCCAACAUAAUCUAUGAUGCAAGUUCCCGAAUCCGUAGAAAUGCUAAAGGCAAUUACUGCAAAAAGACUCCCCUUUACAUUGACUUUAGUGAAAUUGGAUGGAAUUCAUGGAUUAUUGCACCCCAGGGUUAUGAGGCAUAUGAGUGCCGGGGAGUGUGCUCCUACCCUUUGACUGAGCAUGUCACACCAACAAAGCAUGCCAUUGUGCAAACAUUAGUCCACAUGAAGAAUGCUCAGAAAGCUUCCAAAGCCUGUUGUGUUGCCACUAAGUUGGACCCUAUCUCCAUACUUUACCUGGACGCAGGAGUGGUCACGUACAAAUUUAAAUACGAGGGCAUGGUUGUAGCAGAGUGUGGAUGUAGAUAGUAACAGCUGCAAGUGGAUGGGGUUUUGUUGUAAAUUUGUACAUUUUGUAUUUCCUUAUUUAAAGAGUUUAUUUAAGAAUGUGUGUACAGAUAAUAUAUGUCUUUAAAAGUGUCCAGAAUUGUGCCACAUUGACUUGAGGUGCAUAUUAAUAGUGUACCCUUGACUUAACUAAAUUAUAGGCUGGAAUGUAUCUUGUAGCACUGCAGUGUACAGUUCUACUCUCUUUAGUUCACUGCUGGCUUCUUCAGCUCUAAAAAUAGUGAACUUAUAUGAGGAGAAAAAAAGUUAUAGGGCACUCCGCUCAUGACAACCCGGCUAAUAUCUGUAUUUACAGGUCAUUCUUUUUGGGGACUUGACUUGAAUUAUAAGACAGCCAAGAUAGAUAUAAAGGUUGUAGGUGUAAAAUAAUUGAUUCCUAUGUUCUGGUUUGUCUGUGUUCUUUAUAGACAAGGUAGGUAAUCAUAUCCCUAAUUUUUCUAACCACACUUGUAUAUAACAUGCGAUAUCCAAAAUAAUGGAUAUAUUCACCUCUUGCCACUGGCCAGUUGUUGAAAGUGGAUGAAAUAGAUUAAAUCUGUUUUCUUCAAUACUGUAUGCGUAAUUAGUGUGCAACUGUCAUGUACUGAAAAUCUAGUAGAGGUAUAGGAUACAUUAUCCGGAAACCCAUUAUCCAGAAAGCUCAGAAUUAUGGAAAGGCCAUCUCCCAUAGACUCCA